AUGUCUACAAUGUUCUUACAACUGCAACUACAUCAUCAUCAUCUUCCCACACCACUGCUUCAUAGAAACAACCCAUUCUCUCCUCAACUCUCCUUUCUCUCUCCCAACCUUUUUCCCUUUUCCUAUUUUUCUCCUUCACCAUGCUCAUUCUCAAUCAAUCUCUCUACUUCACACACUUCUCCUUUCUGCCUUCGUCCAUCAUCAACUCUGGACUCCACCGUAACGACAGACGACCCUCCGGUGAGGUUGGUGGCCGUCGUUGGCCAUGGAGCUGUCAGCCCUCUCAACUCGGCUUCUUGGGAACAAGUCAUGCUUCACACAGCAAAAAGAUUGAAAUGGGUUGAUGAAGGAUAUGAACUUCUUGUAUUUACCGACGAAUCCAUUCGAUCCAAUGAUCGAAUGGCCACUAGGCUCGAGGGAGAAUUACUGAAGACGCAUAUAUUAGUGAUUGUUGCUGUAACAAACAAAGAAUCAGUAAACUGGAUUACAAUCAGAACCAAAACUAUUGAAAAUGUAAUAUGCUUCGACUCUUCACCGGAUUUGAAGAACAAAUUAGGAGGCUAUGAUGUUCAUAAUGAUGUGAAAGGAAGUAUAUUUGGAAAUUUUUUGGGGAGUUCCGAGUUAGAUAAAACGAAAGAUUCAUACGAAGUAGUACAAACUGUGGCCGAAGCAUGGGAUCGACGUAGUUCUGAUGAUAUACGAUUCUGUUUGUUACUGUUAAUCAAUGCUUAUAUAAGGCCAGUUCCAAUAUUGAAGAACUUAAGAGCAAAGGGUUUUUCAACCUUGAACUGUAUGUUGAAGAACUGUGGCAAGCAAGUACUUAACUGCUUGUUGGAUCCUAAUUGUAGAAAAGCUCUUCAGUGCUUGAACAAGUGUAGUCCUGUUGAUCAAGUCUGUAACUACCGAUGUAUCGCUUCGUACGAAAGUGAAAAUCUAGAAGCCUUUUCGCUUUGUGUUUUACAGAAAAACAACUGUCUUGAAUUGGAAGCAGAAGUCCCUACCAAGCCAUACGUGCCAGCGAUGGUUCAGUUUCGCGGGCAGGAUUUAAGCCAUGAAAUCGCGGAAGAUUUGUUUGUUGGUUGGUUGGGAAGUUUGCAAUGGAGCUGGCGCGUUGUGGCGGGGCAGAAUCCAGCGUAUGAUCAGUUUCCUUGCCAAUAUCAGCUAUUCUAUAGAGGAAAAGCAAAAGGGUCGUUCUGGUAUGAACCGGUGUUUCAGGUAAAAACAUUUGAAGGCGAAAUGGUAUGGAGGAGGAGGAAAUAUCGGGUUAAAAGAGGUAAGACGCAAGGAACAUUCUAUUUCAGUGUAUUGGAUAACGGAGUUGUUUCAAAUGAGUUUUGGACAGUUGUCGAUGUAGCCGAUGAUCUUAGUUGGGGCUUGUUUCACUAUCAUGGUGCUGCUAGGGCUGCAGGGCAGUCUUAUACUGGGGCAGUACUUGUUAGUCCUGAUGGAGCAUUUCCAGAUGAAAGAGAGAGGAGAAGAAUAGUUGGUGCAUUAGAUAAAUGUGAAAUCAAAGAGUGGGAGCUUUUUUUUGUUGACAAUUGUUCAUGCAUUGAUCCUCCAUUGGGAACUCCAGAGGGUUCAAGUUUACAUGCUGUGGUACAAAUUGAUGAUCCAAAAUGGAUGCAUCUCUGA